CCGACUCCAGUCCGCGUUCCCGGGAACCCGGGCGCCCUGCGCCGUCCAGGCGCGCAGCCCCUAGCGGCGCGUCACUGCCAGCCCGGCCCCCGCGCGCCUGCCUCCCUCCCCCGCCCCGGCUGUACGCGGUCUAGCUCGGGGAGGCGGGGAAGCAGCUGGAGCGCGACCGCCGCGCAGCCACCCUGCAGCCACCAGUCGGAGGUGCAGUCCUUAGGCCCUGGCGCCUGGGUGGGCCCUUGGGGAGUCGGCGCCUCUCUCGGGGAGCUGCAAGGCUCGCCCCUGCCCGGCGCGGAGGGCGCGGGGUACGCGGAGAUUAUUCUUGGAGAUCUUGGAAGAGUCUAUAACAUGGAAUCAAUCUCUAUGAUGGGAAGCCCCAAGAGCCUUAGUGAAACUUUUUUACCUAAUGGCAUAAAUGGUAUCAAAGAUGCAAGGAAAGUCACUGUUGGUGUAAUUGGAAGUGGAGAUUUUGCCAAAUCCUUGACCAUUCGACUUAUUAGAUGUGGCUAUCAUGUGGUCAUAGGAAGUAGAAAUCCUAAGUUUGCUUCUGAAUUUUUUCCUCAUGUGGUAGAUGUCACCCAUCAUGAAGAUGCUCUUACAAAAACAAAUAUAAUAUUUGUUGCCAUACAUAGAGAACAUUAUACCUCCCUGUGGGACUUGAGACAUCUGCUUGUGGGUAAAAUCCUGAUUGAUGUGAGCAAUAACAUGAGGAUAAACCAGUACCCAGAAUCCAAUGCUGAAUAUUUGGCUUCAUUAUUCCCAGAUUCUUUGAUUGUCAAAGGAUUUAAUGUUAUCUCAGCCUGGGCACUUCAGUUAGGACCUAAAGAUGCCAGCCGGCAGGUUUACAUAUGCAGCAACAAUAUUCAAGCCCGACAACAGGUUAUUGAACUUGCCCGCCAGUUGAAUUUCAUUCCCAUUGACUUGGGAUCCUUAUCAUCAGCCAGAGAGAUAGAAAAUUUACCCCUACAGCUCUUUACUCUCUGGAGAGGGCCAGUGGUAGUAGCUAUAAGCUUGGCCACAUUUUUCUUCCUUUAUUCCUUUGUCAGAGAUGUGAUUCAUCCAUAUGCCAGAAACCAACAGAGUGACUUUUACAAGAUUCCUAUUGAGAUUGUGAAUAAAACCUUACCUAUAGUUGCCAUUACUUUGCUCUCCCUAGUAUACCUAGCAGGUCUCCUGGCAGCUGCUUAUCAGCUUUAUUACGGCACCAAGUAUAGGAGAUUUCCACCUUGGUUGGAAACCUGGUUACAGUGUAGAAAACAGCUUGGAUUACUAAGUUUUUUCUUCGCUGUGGUCCAUGUUGCCUAUAGCCUCUGCUUACCGAUGAGAAGGUCAGAGAGAUACUUGUUUCUCAACAUGGCUUAUCAGCAGGUUCAUGCAAAUAUUGAAAACUCUUGGAAUGAGGAAGAAGUUUGGAGAAUUGAAAUGUAUAUCUCCUUUGGCAUAAUGAGCCUUGGCUUACUUUCCCUCCUGGCAGUCACUUCUAUCCCUUCAGUGAGCAAUGCUUUAAACUGGAGAGAAUUCAGUUUUAUUCAGUCUACACUUGGAUAUGUUGCUCUGCUCAUAAGUACUUUCCAUGUUUUAAUUUAUGGAUGGAAACGAGCUUUUGAAGAAGAGUACUACAGAUUUUAUACACCACCAAACUUUGUUCUGGCUCUUGUUUUGCCCUCAAUUGUAAUUCUGGAACUAAGACUGAAUUCUGCUAUUGCUAAAUGUGAGAAAGUAAUGAUGAGAACUUUGAACAGUGGAGAUCUGCUACCUGGUCUGUGUUUUGAGAAGUGCCACUUAGAAAAUUGUAAGAAUCUAGAAAAGAUACUCAGUCUUAAUCCUAUGCAAAAAAAAAAAAAAAAAAAAAGUAAUUUUUCCCUAUGAGGAAAAUAACCAUGAGCUGUAUCAUGCUACUCAGCUUUUAUGUAAAUAUUUCAUAUGUCUCCUCUAUUAAGAAUAUUUAAAAUCAUAUUUAAAUAUGAAUAUAUUUGUGCUCACAUUAUUUUUCAAAGCAUACAUGAAAUUUAGCCCAGAUUUGUCUACAUGUAAGGUUUUAUUUAAAUUGUAAAAUAUUUAAAAGUAUGAAUAAAAUAUAUUUAUAGGUAUUUAUCAGAGAUGAUUAUUUUGUGCUACAUACAGGUUGGCUAAUGAGCUCUAAACUACCUGAUUAAUUUCUUAUAAAGCAGAAUAACCUUGGCUUCAUUAAGGAAUUUUACUUUCAAAAAUUAAUCUGAUAACAGUAACUUAAGGUAUAUCAUACUUUCAUUAUAAUCAAAUUAUAGAAAUUAUUUGUGUAAAAGGGCUUCAAGAAUGUAUCCAAUUUUUUUGAUUAUUGAUCUCAUGUAAUAUGAUAAAAACUUAAUUCUAAAUUACCAUUUGCCAUUAAGCUAUUUCAUAAUAAAUUCUGUACAGAGUUUCCACCAAAAGAGAUUUAUUUAUGAAAUAUUUAAAGUUUCUAAUGUGGUAUUUUAAAUAAAGUAUCAUAAAUGUAGUAAGUAAAUAUUUAUUUAGGAAUACUGUAAACACUGAACUAAUUAUACCUGUGUCAGUCUAUGAAACCCCUGUUUUGAAAUAAGUAAACAGCUUAAAAUGUGUUGAAAUUGUUUUGUAAAUCCAUGACUUAAAGCAGGAUACAUACAUAGUAUAACAUACCUCACAGUGUUAAGAUUUAUAUUGUGAAAUGAGAUGCCCUGCCCUCAACUGUUCAUCACUCAGUAAAACAAAUUCUGAUAUACAUUCAGUACAAAUAAUUAGCCCUAAGUGAAACUGUAGUAAUUUCAGUGGGAACUCAGUCUGUUGUUACCUUUUAAACAGUGAAUUUUACAUGAAUGAAUAGGUUCUUCACUUUUUUUGUCUGAGUAAAGUAUACAGUGCUAAUUUUCAGAGAUUCUGUUCAUAUGAUACUAAAAAUGUUUUGUUCAACCUAACAUACUGAUAUAUUUUUAAAUUUCUAAAUUAUUGAAUUUCCAUCAUCAUUCAUCCAAAAUUAAGGCAGACAGUAUGGAUUCUUCCAGUGGCCAGACAAGCUAAAUUAAAUCACAGAAGCAGAUGCUUUUGUAUGAUCUUCGAAUUGCCAACUUUAAGGAAAUAUUCUCUUGAAAUUGUCUUUAAAGGUCUUUUGCAACUUUGCAGAUAUCCAGACUGAGCUGGAACUGGAAUUUGUCUUCCUAUUUACUUCUUUAAAAGCUGCUGCCCAUUACCUUCCUCAACUGCCCUUGCAGUUAGGUGUCCAUGUGACUAGGUGUUGGCCAUGGCUUUUUCCUUUUCUCCUCAAAGGAAGGCAGCAUGUGUCCUUUAUCAUCCCUUCAUCUUGCUGCUGGGAUUGUGGAUAGAACAGGAGCCCUGGCUGCGGUCCUCAGAGGAUCACGGCCACACUGGAAGAGGAAGGCAGAUUAGAGACCAGAAAGACCUGACUACUUUCCUAUUUCCACUGCUUUUUCCUGCAUUUAAGCCAUUGUAAACUGGGUUUGUUACAUGAAGUGAAAAUUAAUCCUGUCUGCCCUUCAGUUCUUUGUCCUGAUGCUGUUUAACACUGUUUGAAUUAAGUAGACUGCAAUAAUUCUUACUUUUAUAAGUUUUCAAAGGAUAAUGUGCAAUUCACAUUAAAAUUGAUUUUCCAUUGUUAAUUAGUUAUACUCAUUUUCUUGCCUUGAUUUUUCACUAGAUAUUUUGUAUCUGCUUGGACUAUAUCGUCUUCUUUUUAACUGUGUGAUCAGUAAUUACUAAAAUUCUGUAAUCUCCAAAAUAUUGCUAUCAAAUUACCUGCCAUGUUUUUAUAUCAUUCUCAUAGAUCUCGCUUAUAAACAUUUAAAUAAAAAGUACUAUUUAAUGUUAUAACUUCUCUUUUGAAA